AUGGAGGAGCGACGCGGCAGUGCGUCAGACAGCGGUGAGGACAGCGCGUCUCCGCCGCUGCCGCACCGCGUCACUAACUUCUUCAUAGACGACAUCUUGAGGCCGGACUUCGGCCGAAAGGACGCGUCACGGCCGCACGGCUCUGGGCGUGUGACCCUGCGCCUGCACGGCCCCGGGACCCCGUGUCGGGACUCCAGCUCCAGCUGCAGCAGUGACUCUUCCCCCGCGUGCCCCCGGAAGAACGGGGAGCGCGUGGAGCCGGCGACAGCCGCCGCGAGCGCAGCGGGAGGCAAAGAGGAGCGCUCUGGCUCCGCGGACAGCGCGGGGCCCAGUCCCGAAAAACAGCCCAUGUUGUGGCCCGCCUGGGUCUACUGCACCCGCUACUCGGACCGGCCCUCAUCUGGCCCACGAACGCGCAAACUCAAGAAAAGCAAGAGCGGCAAGGAGGACAAGCGGCCGCGGACGGCGUUCACCGCGGAGCAGCUGCAGAGACUGAAGACCGAGUUCCAACUCAACCGCUACAUCACGGAGCAGCGGCGACAGAGUCUGGCCCACGAGCUCAACCUCAACGAAUCCCAAAUCAAAAUCUGGUUCCAGAACAAACGCGCCAAGAUCAAGAAGGCGUCCGGCUUCAAGAACGGCCUGGCGCUGCAGCUGAUGGCGCAGGGGCUGUACAACCACUCCACCACCACCAUCCAGGACGAGAAGGAGGACAGUGACUGA